GCCGCUUCCGGUUAUGCGUUGUUCUGGUGACGAUACGCCACUUCCUGAAUCAUGGCAGCGGUUGUUGCUCUGAAACCGUGCCAUGGCCUUGGGCUUCCGUGUAGGAAUAGUUUCGGGCUUCGUACUGGUCUCGUCGCGUCACUGGUGUGGCGGGGCGUAGUAAGGUCUAAUGGGUCGAAGGCGGUGUACGACGUGGUGGUGUCAGGGGGUGGCAUGGUCGGAAGUGCCAUGGCUGCUGCACUGGGACAUGAUGCUCAUCUCUCUGAGAAGAAAAUUCUUCUACUUGAAGCUGGUCCAAAGAAAGUGUCUAAGGAGUUGCCCAAGACUUAUAGUAACAGAGUCAGUGCUAUUACCCCUGGCUCAGCCACACUUCUCAGUAGCUUUGGUGCUUGGGAUCAUAUCUGCAGUAUGAGGAUCAAACCCUUCCGACGGAUGCAGGUGUGGGAUGCUUGUUCUGAGGCCAUGAUAAUCUUUGAUAAAGAUAACUUGGAAGACAUGGGUUAUAUCGUGGAGAAUGACAUCAUCAUGUCUGCUCUAACCAAACAGUUAGAUGCAGUGUCAGACCGAGUGGAAGUUCUCUACAGGAGCAGAGCAGUUGGGUACAACUGGCCCCUUCCUUAUCAGACUUCUGACUCAAGCCCUUGGGUCCAAAUUGAUUUAGCAGAUGGACGCAGACUUCAGACCAAACUGCUGAUUGGUGCAGAUGGGCAGAAUUCUAUGGUCCGGAAGGCAGCUGGAAUCCAGACUAUUCAGUAUCAAUAUGACCAGUCAGCUGUAGUUGCCACUCUUCACUUGUCUGAAGCAACAGAUAACAAUGUAGCAUGGCAGAGAUUCCUUCCAUCUGGGCCAAUUGCUCUCCUCCCGCUCUCUGAUACUGUCAGCUCCUUGGUUUGGUCCACAUCACAUGAACAUGCAUCCGAGCUUCAGAGAAUGGAUGAGGAAAGUUUUGUGGACUCCGUCAACUCAGCUUUUUGGAGCAACGCAAAUCACUCUGAUUUUAUUGAUACUGCUGGAUCCAUGUUCCGAUCCGCUGUUUCUCUCCUGAUGCCAUCAGGGACUGCAGCUCGUCAGCUGCCUCCAAGUGUUGCAAAAGUGGAUCCAAAGAGCCGAGCUGUGUUUCCUCUUGGACUGGGGCAUUCAACAGAAUAUGUCCAACACCGUGUGGCCCUUAUUGGGGAUGCAGCUCACAGAGUACAUCCUCUUGCAGGUCAAGGUGUCAAUAUGGGCUUUGGUGAUAUUGCAUGCUUGUCACAGCAUCUUAGUGCUGCAGCAUUCAAUGGGAAGGACCUGGGCUCUUUAAAACAUCUACUGCAAUAUGAAGGAGAACGACAGAGACACAAUCUUUCUCUCAUGGCUGCCAUUGACUUGCUCAAAAGGCUGUACUCUACAAGUGUCUCUCCUUUUGUGCUGCUGAGGACAUGGGGAUUGCAAGCAACAAACGCUGUACCUCUAGUUAAAGAGCAGAUCAUGGCAUUUGCCAGUAAAUGACAUUUUUGUGAAUCUUGAAGUACUGGUGAUUGUUGUAGACUUACACUUCAUUUGAAGACUGUUAUUAUAUUUGACUUGAUAUAUUUAAAUAGAUAAAGAAAAAAAUGAGCAACAUGAAAUUUUAUUAACCAUU